CAGAAAUUUGAUGUUCUCGUAUGGGACGGUAUGGAAUCAUUCGACAACGUCACGCCAGGAAAAGUUGAGACCACAAACCUUGCUUUUUCCGCAGAUCAAAUUGCCUGUGUUUGUGAUGCGCUCAGGCAAUCAGAAGACAUUGAAAGAUUGGCUCGAUUUCUCUGGUCACUCCCCCCGAAUGACCUGUUGAAUGGCUCAGAGAGCGUACUGAAAGCCCGAGCUUUCGUGGCGUUCCAUCGUGGAAGAUUUCGCGAAGUUUACUCGAUACUCGAGAGUCAUGAAUUCGAUCCUUCAUCGCACGAGAUGCUGCAGAAUAUGUGGUACAAGUCUCAUUACUGCGAAGCCGAGAAGCUCAGAGGCAGAGAACUUGGAGCUGUGGACAAGUACAGAAUCAGACGGAAGUACCCUCUUCCUCGCACCAUCUGGGAUGGCGAGGAGACAGUGUACUGUUUUAAAGAGAAAUCGCGGCAGUUACUGAAGCAAUGCUACGAACAAAAUCGCUACCCAACCCCACAAGAAAAACGCCUGAUCGCCAAACAGACUGGAUUGACUUUGAAGCAAGUGAGUAAUUGGUUCAAGAAUCGUCGACAACGCGAUAGAAUUCCCUCGAACAAAAGGUAAGAUCACACGAGAAUAUUACGGUAACUUCUUAUGUGUGCGCAAGGAAACACGUAUUUUUAUUUGUUGUUUGCCUUUACUUCCCCUCUCGAUUGUUGUCGGAUGAAAGUCAUUGUUAUUCUUUGUGAUCUUGUAUUCUUUGUGAUCAUGAUGUAGCUUUCAUUUUUAAAAAGUGGUGUUAUUUCUUUUGUUCCUCGCGUGUACUCUUCUGGCUCGUCGUUCCUCCAAAUUUUGAAGCGAAUGAGCUGUGACAGCCGACAAAGUAAUUUUCUAAUCGGCUGUGAUUAAUUCCAUGAUAGCUCUAUGAAAACUUACACUGGCUAGCCAAAUCUUACUAAUGGAUAAAAUUCUUGUUUGAGACGUCCACAAAGGAGGACAUAGGUCGCAAACCGCAAAAUGACGUUCUUUCCCAGCUCGGAUUCGAUCUCGCCGUUAACCUUUCUUGUAUGACGAUCGAGGAUAUAAACUGGGAUACUAAUAUUCAUCCUUUGAGUCUAUUUGUUCACGUUAAUUUGAUCAAAUAUAUCUCAAUGGCAGUGGACUAUUGAGUCCGAACAACUGUCUCAAAAUGACCCUUGUCCUGACACAAUGAAUGCUAUUUACGUUUCAUUUAAAUUUCAAAAUUUGUUCUCAAGUUUCACCAAUGUAAACUUACACGCCGUAUCCAUUUUAGCGACGACACGCUCAGGAAAAGAGUGGAUUCUAGUAUGGGACCGGAUUCUCCCCGGCUUCACGGAACAAUUUUGGGAGAAAACGCUGAUGAAAAUGGCGGCGAGUCGGACGAUGACGCAAUCGCUCCACCGCUGACGAAAACGGAGCAAGAAUUAUUGAACAAUUGCCUCUAUCCGUCCGCCAGUCUUAACCCCACAAGCGAAAAUCAAGUUCACCUUGUGUGUGUGGAACUGCCGACUACAGUGAUGAAUGGAGAACUAAGUGAAAAUGUUAUUGUAGUGAAAAAGGAAGGAUUUUAGUGCUGUAGAUAUCGCUGGACAAAUGGUAUGUCAUCUGUCAUCUUCGUCGA